GCCAGUGUGUACAAAUCUUCUGGCUACAAAACGUCAUAAACCGAAACAAAAAUGUGUGUGGGAGUGCGCGAAAGUGAGUUUUGUGAGGCGGUGGGGCGACCGGACCGGGAGGUUGUCCCGGGCAAGGGCGUUUCCAACGAGCUGCUUGUGCGGGUCUCCAAACGCGCCACGCAUGUGUUGAUGAGGGGCACAACUGGGGCACUGGACGAUCCCCUGCGCUGUCCGUUCGGACUGGAAGAGGGCGCCGCGGAGGCCUGUGUUAAAUUCCGCGCGGGCAUGCCGCAAGGCCUGAAAGCGCAUUUGGAAGGCGUCCACGGCCUGCACAACGUGCAGCUGAACCUAGCCUGUCCGUGCCCGGCCGAGUUCAACGACGGCGCCGACUGUCCGUUCGUGCAGUUCGACCCCUCCGGCUGCAUUUUGCAUGAUCACAUCCGCAAACACCACCCCGUAUACAAGGAGCGCAUCAUGGAGGCGCUGUACAAACAACGUAGCAAGAAGUGUGGCGAGAAGUACCGGGAGUUUCUGCGCACGGCCAGAAGCGAGACCUUCCCGGAGGGGACGAGUAAUUUGCGCAUCCUGUGGCCCAGCCAGAUCAUCGCCGACAGGAUCGUCAUCCCCACCCGUGUUGAUAAGAAUGGGCAAGUGCUGUACAUCUGCAAGAUCGACGCGUGUGCAGCCAGGGAAGAAGGCAAUCAAAUCGCUUCCUCCUGCCGCAUGUUCGAGCACUUGAUGACGCAGCACCGCCGGCGGUGCGCCGCGCUGCCCACCCAAGUGUACCACGCCUGCGCCGACCCGGACUGCCCGGUGCAGCUGUUCGACCCUGACGACAUGAUGGAUGCGCGCAUCCGCACCUGUUAGGCCAGGCGUACAAGGAGAACGCCCUGCAGGAGCGGGCCAAGCUGGAAGCUCUCGUGACGGGCCAGUGCAUCGGCGAGGCGCUGAACACAAGCGCCGACUUCGAGGAAUCGGAGGACAGUUAUCUCUACAACUACACCUGUCCCGUCCAGGGCUGUCUGGUCAGUCACUCCGCGCGACUACAUGCUAUGGCACAUCGGCGCCGAC